UCGAAUGUCAAAUUGAAUCAUGAUCAUGAAUGAUGAAUGUUGAAUAGUCGAUGGUCGGGUUCGUUUUUUCCACGAUUGUAUCGUUUUGUUCGUUCCUCGUUCCUAGCUCGUUCGUAGUAUUCAGAGAGAGAAUGAGGACUUGAUGAAUCAUUGUGAAUGAUAAAAAUAAGCUCAACUGAUAAUGUAGAGGUGGUGAAAGUGGUGUAUGAGUACGAUCAUUCUGUUAUAGAAAAAUUGAUAAUUGAUACCUACUUUGAAGUGAUAGAAACGUACAUAAACUCUAGUUUGGUGUAUUGGUGUCAUCAGGACAAAAAUGGCUUUUAGUAAAAACAUUAGGUUUCUACCAAGGACAUUGCAGUGUUUUUGUUGCUUCCUCAUCUUUUCAUCUAUUGCUAUAAGCAAGAUAUCGGCAGCUACUAACAACGAUUCGGCGAGCCGUCGAGACGCCUCCAAAGGCCAGUGCGUCUGGUACGGCGAAUGCAACCUCACGCCCGUCAGCAACACCAAGCAAAACUGCCCCUACAACGGUCCACCGAAGCCCCUUAACGGUACCGGCAUCGAAAUACUCAAGAGAAGAUGUCCCGACAUAGAUCCCGCUUCGACGUGUUGCGACUCGGACCAGCUCCACACCCUCGAAAAAAAUCUGGAGUUGCCGGACACGAUGCUGGGAAGGUGCCCUUCCUGUAUGGCGAAUUUUCUGAGACACAUCUGCCACAUGACCUGCUCACCGAACCAGGCCGAGUUCAUGAAAGUGAACAGCACCACCGUGAAUCCCAAAACGAAUAAAACUUAUAUCUCGGAACUCGAUGUCUACAUCUCCAACGAGUAUAUCACUGGCACUUUCAACUCUUGCAUACAGGUCAGUGUGCCGUCGACUGGCCGCAAGGCACUGGAUUUGAUGUGUGGAGAUUGGGGAGCCUCCAGAUGUACCCCCCUUAGGUGGUUCAUGUAUAUGGGGAAUAAGAAGACACCGCAAGUGCCGUUCCAGAUAAAUUGGCAUAAUCAGACGGGUAGUAAAAAGGGUUUUGUUCCCAUGGAUCCGACAACUGUUCCUUGCAGUAAGGCUUUGAAUGCGAACACACCAGCAUGCAACUGCGUGGAUUGUGAAGACAGCUGUCCUGCACCACCACCUCAGCCUCCACCACCCCAACCAUUCAAACUUGCCGGAUACGACGGUUAUGCGUUUUUGAUGGUUGUCGUAUUCGUCGUGGGAUCUGUCAUGUUUCUGGUGAUGGUCACCGCUUGUUCCAGAAGAACCGAUGAUUUGGUGGGUUUGGUGAAUGGGCACAGAUCGGACGAACUUCGGGCAUCGGUUGCCCGCCGGCUGGCAGUCGCCGACCAUCACUCGUCCCAGGUGGCGCUGGGAGAAGGGGAGGAGAGCCCCCUACAGUCCUCCAAGAGAUCUAGUAUGACAUCCGAAAUGGGACAUGAACUCGAAACACACUCAAUCAACAAAUCAUCCGACGACUACGACAAGCCGUCUUCAUUCAUUGAAAAAUUAGGCGCGAACACUGACACUUACCUACAAAAAGGAUUCGAGAAAUGGGGAACCUUCUGUGCUGAGAGACCUUGGUUGAUUUUGUUCUUAGGGGCUUGUUUAGUCAUGGGCCUCGGACAUGGAAUAAAAUAUCUGAAGAUCGUCACUGAUCCAGUGGAAUUAUGGGCUUCUCCAACAUCCCGAAGUCGUGUAGAAAAAGAAUAUUUUGACAGCCACUUUGAGCCUUUCUAUCGCACAGAAAUGGUCAUCAUAAGGGCUGUCAACCUCUCCUACAUACACCACAACACUUCUGAUGGCAUAAUAACUUUCGGCCCUGCUUUCAAUGACACGUUUUUGAAAUCAGUUCGAGAACUUCAAGAAAAAAUAAAAGCUGUUGGAGAGGGUACCCCAUACAGUUUUGACAAAAUCUGUUUUGCUCCCUUGAGAAAAGAGGAUCAGUCUGAUACGUCAGUGGAAGAGUGUGUCGUACAAAGCAUUUGGGGCUAUUACCAGGAUGAUGUUGAUAACUUUGAUGAGACUGGUUUUGAUCCUCUACACUAUCCAACUAACUAUUUGGACAAAUUCAUCAAGUGUGCUAGCAACCCAUAUGACCCAUUGGACUGCCUCGCCCCAUUUGGCGGUCCCGUCGACCCGGCCGUCGCGCUCGGAGGAUUCCUCCAACCCGGCGAGUCUCUGGCGAAAGAUCCCGACUACAAAAACGCCACCGCCGUCAUUCUGACCUUCAUCGUGAACAACUACCACAACAAAUCGCUGUUAUCUCCCGCCAUGGAAUGGGAGAAAGAGUACAUAGCGUUCAUGAAGAAUUAUACUGAACAUGAGAAGCCCUACUUCAUGGACUUGGCGUUCACUUCUGAGAGGUCCAUCAUGGAUGAAUUGGAUCGUGAGAGCCAAAGCGACGUGCUCACCAUUUUGAUAUCGUACUUGAUUAUGUUCGUGUACAUCGCUGUUUCGUUGGGGCAGGUGAAUAGCUGUUCGAGGUUGCUGAUUGACAGCAAGGUGACACUCGGGCUCGGAGGUGUCAUAAUAGUAUUGGCUUCGGUCAUCUCCUCGGUCGGCAUGUUCGCAUUCAUCGGCAUCCCGGCCACUCUUAUCAUUAUCGAGGUCAUCCCCUUCCUCGUCCUCGCCGUCGGCGUCGACAACAUCUUCAUCCUCGUGCAGACCCACCAGCGGGACACGCGCAAACCGAACGAGACGCAUGCGCAGCACAUCGGCAGGACGCUGGGCCAGGUGGGGCCCUCCAUGUUGCUGACCAGCGCCUCGGAGAGCUGCUGCUUCUUCUUGGGCAGCUUGUCGGACAUGCCGGCGGUGCGGGCGUUCGCGCUGUACGCCGGGAUGGCGCUGCUGUUCGACUUCCUGUUGCAGAUCACAUUCGAUAUCUUCUGCUUCAUCAGAGGCUCAAAGAAGAAUGAACCAACUCCAGCCGGACAAGAAGGCAUACUCUACACCUUUUUCAAAUCCAUUUACGUUCCUGUGCUCAUGAACAAAUCCGUGAGAUGUGCCGUGAUGAUAAUUUUCUUCGGAUGGCUUUGUUCAUCGAUCGCCAUAGUGCCUCACGUGGAAAUAGGCCUCGAUCAAGAACUGUCAAUGCCCGAAGACAGUUUCGUGUUGAAAUACUUCAGAUUCCUCAAAGAUUAUCUGAGUAUCGGACCUCCGAUGUACUUUGUGGUGAAGAGUGGAUUGAACUAUAGUCAGCCUGAGGCGCAGAAUCUGAUUUGUUCUGGGACCUAUUGCAAUGUGGAUUCUUUGGUUACGCAGAUAUAUGGGGCCAGUAAGAUUCCUGAGACGACUUAUAUUUCCAGACCUAGUACCAGCUGGUUGGAUGAUUACUUCGACUGGGCUGAUACUCCUAAUUGCUGCAAAUUUCGCAAGGAUAACCAUGGGUUUUGUCCUCAUGACAAAUCCGGUUGUCUCCCUUGCAACAUCACCUUCCGUCCAGACAACCACCGACCUGUAACAGAAGAAUUCGAUCGCUACGUCUCCUUCUUCCUCCGCGACAAUCCAGACGACGUAUGCCCCAAGGCAGGUCACGCGGCAUACGGCCAAGGAGUCAACUACAAACUCGACGCGACCACCCAACUUUCCGAAGUGGGCGCGUCCUAUUUCAUGGCCUACCACACUAUACUGAAGUCUUCCGAGGACUAUUACGAAAGCAUGCGAGCAGCUAGAAAAAUUUCGGCCAACUUGACAAACACCGUUGGUGUAGAAGUAUUUCCCUAUUCCGUCUUUUACGUUUUUUACGAGCAGUACUUAACCAUGUGGCCUGACACUUUGUUCAGUCUGGGGGUGAGCUUGCUGGCCAUUUUCCUCGUGACUUUUCUGCUUAUGGGACUCGACCUCUUCUCGAGUCUGGUCGUCAUUAUCACGAUAACCAUGAUCGUGGUGAACUUGUGCGGGCUAAUGUACUGGUGGAGCAUAUCCUUGAAUGCGGUGUCGCUGGUCAAUUUGGUCAUGGCUGUUGGAAUAUCAGUGGAAUUCUGCUCUCACUUGGUGCACUGUUUCUCCGUAUCGAUACAGCCCAGUAGAGUGGAUAGGGCGGCGGACGCCCUCACGCGCAUGGGCAGUUCGAUAUUUUCCGGAAUUACACUUACCAAGUUCGGAGGCAUCAUCGUGCUGUACUUCGCCAAGUCGCAGAUAUUCCAGGUGUUCUACUUCCGGAUGUACUUAGGGAUCGUUUUGUACGGAGCUGCGCACGGAUUGAUUUUCUUGCCUGUGUUGCUCAGUUUUAUAGGAUCGCCCAUGAAUAAAGAAAAAUUGGCCAAACACAGGACUUUAAACGGGGAACAUUUCCAGGAAACACAUUUCGGCAGACUUUUCAUAGCAAGCGUGAUGCCCAGAAGACGGAGAAUCCAAAGUCAACCACAUCUGGAGGGACCAACAGAGCCAACGGUGGUGUCACCUUUGCUGCCAUCCACAUCGCAGAUUAGCUAUGAUGCUAUAGUGCCUGCAUACACCUAACCACAAUUUCAUUCAACUAAUUCUAAAAAAUAUUUUAGUGAAUAUGUCAUGGUAAUGACACAAAUGUAUUGUGAUAUUCUCUCCAAGUGUGUGCGUGCGUUUAUCGUCCGAGAUGCACAGGGUUCAGUUAUAUUAAUUAUUUUAACUAAACCCUGUGUGGUAUUGAUAGAAUAUUCAUUAAGUAGUUAAUAUUCAACCAAAGUAUUUAGGUAAAGGUAUAAAUGUCUGCUUAGAGGUUGUUUUCGGUUAUGUUAUCCUCAAAUAUUUCUCAUAACUAGUCUACAUUUCUUUUUUUGUGUCCAUGAAUUGUGUCGUUUGAGCAAAUAUAUUUUUAUAAUCAGUUCUUGAAAUAUUUCUAAUUAUCUAGGGGCUGGUUAACUUAACGAGGAAUCACCUCUUUUAACUCAUCAGCUACAUUGCCAUGGAUAUAAACAAAUUUAAUACGAAUAUUUCAUCAUUUGUCGACUGCUUCAUGCGAUCGGCGCUAGAUGUUGAAAAAAAAUCACCAGUUAUAUCAUACCUAAAUUUUUGAAUUAAGAAUUGAUUUGACAACUGCAGCUUUUAUGUUGUUUUUUUCAAUAUUUUGAUUGCAGACUCUGAUAUAAUCUUCUGAAAUGGUUGAGGUGAGUUGAGCUGAAUCACUGACAUAUCAUCAGAAUGUUAAGAUAAAUAGAAAGGUGUCAUCACCAUAAUGAGUUCGACUAGUUGGAGUGGGGUAAAUAGAUUAACUGGUUUCCUAUAUUUAUUAUUUUUGUGUAUGAUAACCAAACUUCUAGAAUAGUCCUUUUGGAGAGAUUGGCAGUUCUACUUAUUCACAUCAGUCUCGUUACCUCCAUGGAAUUUUUUUGUUCAUUGGAUCAAUCAAACUCAUUUUGCUUUACCUUAUUUGAAUCGUACAUACAACAAUUCAUUAUUCAAUGUUGUUCUAAGUACUAAGUAACAUAAUCUUCAAGUAAAAAUAGUGUGUCAAGCGUAUGUUCAUUUAUAUAUUAAAAUUAUUCGUAUAUUAUUCUUUUUGCUUGUGCAGUCUUGUGAUAAAUAUCCUUAUUGAAUUGUCAGUAAAAAAUUAAUGUCUAAUACUACUCAGAACUCACAGCCAAAGCAACUAUGUGUUUAUCUGUGAAAAAUCUUUUAUAUAAAUGACAUUGAAGUACCUACUUAUCAUAUUCGAUGAAAUUCGUCAUUUCUGAUGAACCUUAUUAUUUGUUUCUUGACAAAAUUAUUUCAAUAUCUUUCCAAGGUAGGUAUCUACACUUACUAGUAUUAAUUAUGUUAUGUCAUCUGAAAUGUGUAUGUGAAAACCAUUUGAACAAUUGACCAUAUGGAUUAGCUAUGGAUUGCUUUUGUUCUGCUCGAGAGUUCUCAGGUUGGCAACAAUCUGAAUUUGUCAUUAGCAUUAAUGUCAUCACUGUUGAUUGUCAUUAUGAGGAAAUUCGAAUUAAUACCAAAAAUAUUUUUACUUUGUAUUGUUAACUCAUAACCUAUAACCUAUUUAUAUUAUUUACAAUAUUGCAGUUGUUCAACUUAUAGAAUUGAUGAAAUAAUAUUCCCGAAAAAGUGCAGAAGCAUUUGGAUUUCCCGGUAUCAUCCACAAUAAUGACAAAUUGUUGCCAGCCAAAGAACGCACAAAAAUACAACCAAUAGCCAUUACUUAUGGUGAAUUGUUCAUCAACUUCCAUUAUAGAUCUCCGAAGUCUUGAUUUUUAUUUUGGAAAUGAAGUGUUGCCAUGAAUUGGAUAUUUAUUAAUAAAACAUUGUUGAAGCAUUGUCAUAAAUGUCAAAUAUAGAAUUCAUGUUAUAUCCAGUAUUGAAUUGAAUACAGUGACGGUCAGAAAGUUUUCACCAUAUGGACAUGUUGAAAAUAAUUUUUCAGGAAAAUUAUUCUGUUGAUAUCACCUAUUAAAAAACUUCAGAAAAUGUGGGUGAGAUUAUCGCUGCUAUUUUGAUAAACAGGGUAGGAAUCAACAUAUUUGUUCGAAAUCCAAUACUUAUUAUCAAAUUCAGAUUAAAAAUAUUUGAACAAUCAUCACAAAAAAUGAAAUCAAUAAAACCGCAGUUGACAAACUUUAGUCAACUUCAAAUCAUGAACAUCUGAUAUAUUGAUAUUGUUCAAAGAUGCAAUUGCCACCCUAUAAUAAAAUCAGUCUUUCAACUUUAAUAAAUCGAAAAAAUGUCGAGAUUUUGAUCUUGAUCGGUUUUCUGGCACUGUUGGUUUUUUUAAUAUUGUACAGCUACUCAAGUUGGUCACGUGGGAAAUUUUUUUAUUAUUGAUUUUACGAAAAAGUUAUUCUUCAUAAAGAGUUAAACAUGGCUUAAAACCGAAAAUGCAAAUAUCUAAUAUCAAAUUUUUUCAGUCGUAUAUGAGGUAUGUCAAAAUAUAUUUAUUUUGCUAAAAUGUAAAGUGCCUCAAUUUUUGACAAUAUCGAAAAUUUAAAAAAAAAGUUCACUAGGAUUGAAUACGUUCAAAAAUCUAAAUACAUGAUGAAAAUUAGGUUUUACUAUUGCUUACCAUUUCUGAUCGAUUUUUAUGGUGAACUUUUUUUUAUCAGUUUUUCGGUCAUAAGUCAUACUUCAUGAAAUGUUCUACAAUGCCUAAAACCGAAAAUACAAAUAUCAGAUUUAAAAUGUUUUCAGUUGUGUCAAAAAUUUUUAAAUAAAUUGUUAACAGUAAUAAAACCUAAAUUUCUUUGUAGACAGAUGUAAUUAGAUAUUAAUAUUAAUUAGAACGUAGUUAUUAAUUCGAGUAAACUUUUUCCAAUAACAAUUUUCGAUAUUGUCGAAAAUAAAGGUAUUUUACUCUUGAGCACAAUUAAUGUUGUUUUACAUACCUCGUAUAUAAUUGGAAAAAUUGCAUUUUCGGUUUUAGACCAUGCAACCCUCUUUAUAAAGAUUUUUUAUUCGUAAAAUUAAUAAUAAAAAAGUUUCCCAUAUGUAGCAAACUUAAGUAGAUAGUCAAGUUGUAUGUUUGGCACAAUAAAUUUAGUUUUUGGUCCAUUAGAAGGUAGUUAAUUUCAGUUUCUUUUCUAUUCAUUAGGAUCUUCAUGUUGAUUAUUCAUCUUACUGAAACAAGUUCAUGAUAGAUAACAAGCUUGUUGCAUUUAUAUCAUUUACAGGGUGUUUAUUUUGAAAGGUGUGAUAAAUUUGAAGAAUAUAUUUCUAAAGAACUUGCUGUGUUUGGCACUGUUCAUUUCUGCUUAAUUUUUAUUCACAUUAACAAUAUUUCCACUGAGUUAGAGUGCCUCGAACAUCUCAUAUCACGACCUUUGUAGAGUGUGGGCACACUUAACAAGAUAUCUUAGGUAAUCUUUCAUUGAACGAGUGCAGACAUACUAGAGAGUUGAAGUGUUGCCAUGAACGUUAACGUAAACGUAGAAAUUUACAGCUACGCAUGCGCAUUCACCAAUUCUUCACGUUUGCGUUGGUAGUGGGCUUACGGGUGUACAUUAUCUCACGUACUUUCACGUAUACCUUAAAUAUCAACAUACGGUUACCGAACGUCAAAAUUAUUGAGUUCGGGAUCCCCAAAGAUCUGCAUCAAGGAGUACUCUCAUUUUAACAGGAAUAAAUGUUCGGAUCUAAUCACACAACCAAAAAUGACCAAAACAAACCGAAAACAAAUUGUAUUAUUACGUUACGAUGACAGUGACGACCAAAGUGACGACUUCAGCUCAAUUUAACGACAAUACGUUAUUUUUCUUACGUUAACGUCCACGUAGAGGUCUACGUAUGUACAGUGAUUACUUCAACUCUCUAUUAUUAUUUGAAACCCUGACAGUGGCCUAACACCAAAGGAGCAUUAAGCUCAAUUUGUAGUUAUAUCAAUAUUAUUCCAUGAAAUGAAUAUUGGAAUUUGAAACUUUGAAGAACACUUGAAAUGUCUUCUCCUCUUUGGAUAACUCAAAUGGUAACCAUAAUUCUUUAAAAAAAUUUGCAAUCCGUUACCGAACAAGAAGUAUUCGAAAACAUUUUCGCGGAGACGCCUAUUCAAUUUCCAGAAGUGACGUUUUAAAUCUGAUAAUGACGACAAUUCGAAAAUGUCAGUAUGUUUGAGGCACUCUACAGUGAGUAAAUACUACAUAUUCAAUAGAAUGGCUUAUCUAUGUUGAAAUAACUUUCACAGAUUUCGCAUUUUUCUAUUAACAUUCCACAAAAAUUUAUAUUUCUGUCCGAUAAUGUUAUUUGUGUAUAUAUUUGAAAUUAUUUUGUAGCUUCAAAUUUUGUCGAAAUAUAUGUAUUUUUUAUGAAA